ACCGUCCACCGGCUGGCUUUUGAAGAGCAUGUGAGGUCAUACAAGGACGAACUAGCCAGAACCAAGAUUCAAAGAUGGUCAGUGUUUCUGGUUCAUGUCUCUGAAUGACUGAAGUCCAGAAGAUGGAUGAUUGUGUGGAGAAAGAGGAGGAGUCUCCAGGAUCCAUCUGUCUGUCUAUGAAGAGUGACCAGUCCAAAGAUGAUCCUCUAAACUUCAGUAAAGAACCUGGACCCUCAAACACAGUAGGGAGGAAGAGGAGAGGAGUUGGUGUGGAGGAGCAGCCGUCCAGUCAGAGCAGAACUGUACCAGCAGAUGCUGGUCUGCAGGAGGUCCUAGAUGAACACAAGACCAGUCUGAGGAGCAGAUGUGAACAUGUGACUGAAGGAAUUGAUGGAACAGGAAGUAGAAUGCCCCUCAACAGGAUCUACACAGAGCUCUUCAUCACAGAGGGAUUGAGUGAAGAGGUUGAUACCCAACAUGAGGUGUGGCAGCUGGAGACAGCUUCCAGGAUGAAGAGCCUCCAUGACGCUCCAAUCAGGUGCCAGGACAUCUUUAAAGCCUUACCUGACCAACGUAGAGCCAUCAGAGUGGUUCUGACCAACGGCGUCGCUGGCGCUGGGAAAACCUUCUCGGUUCAGAAGUUCACUCUGGACUGGGCCGAGGGCUCGGAGAACCAAGACGUCACCGUGGUGAUUCUGCUCUCGUUCAGGGAGCUGCACCUGAUCGGCGAUGAGCAGCUCAGUCUUCUCAGGCUGAUCCAGGUUUUCCAUCCAUCGUUACAGAAGCUCACAGCAGAGCAGCUGGCUGCCGGGAAACCGUUGUUCAUCUUUGACGGCCUGGAUGAAAGCAGACGUUCCCUGGACUUCAAGAAAGGUCCGGUCGUGUCUGACGUCACACAGAGCUCAUCGGUCAACGUGCUGCUGACCAACCUCAUCCAGGGGAACCUGCUUCCCUCAGCUCUCAUCUGGAUCACUUCCAGACCUGCAGCAGCCAAUCAGAUCCCUCACAAACACGUGGACAGGGUGACAGAAGUACGAGGCUUCACCGACGGCCAGAAGGAGGAAUACUUCAGGAGGAGGUUCAGGGAUGAAGAGCGGUCCAGCAGCAUCGUCUCCCACAUGAAGACAUCCAGAACCCUCCACAUCAUGUGUCAACUCCCGGUCUUCUGCUGGAUCACUGCUACAGUUCUGGACCACAUGUUGACCACAGAGCAGAGAGGAGAGCUGCCCAAGACCCUGACUGACAUGUUCUCCCACUUCCUGCUGGUCCAGACGAAGAGGAAGAAGAACAAGUACCAGGAUGGACGUGAGACGAGUCCACAGGAGCUGACGGAGGCUGACAGGGACCUUCUCCUGAAGCUGGGGAGGCUGGCGUUUGAACAUCUGGAGAAAGGAAACAUCAUGUUCUACCAAGAAGACCUGGAGCAGUGUGGUCUUGAUGUCCCAGAGGCCUCGGUGUACUCAGGAGUUUGUACCCAGAUCUUCAGGAGAGAGUGUGAGGUCUUCCAGAAACCCGUCUACUGCUUUGUUCAUCUGAGCAUCCAGGAGUUCCUGGCUGCAGUCUACGUUCUCCACUGUUACUCCACCAGAAACACAGAUGUGCUGGAGAACUUCCUGGGAGAAGAUUACUACAGAUACUCAACUCUGGAUGAGUUCCUGGAGAGAGUCAUGCAGAAAUCCCUGAAGAGUAAAAAUGGCCACCUGGACCUGUUUGUCCGCUUCCUUCAUGGUCUCUCUGUGGAGUCCAACCAGAGACUGUUAGGAGUUCUGCUGAACCAGACGGAGAACCAUCCAGAAACCAUCCAGAGAGUCAUCAACAACCUGAAGGAGAUGAACACUGAUUUAAUCUCUCCUGACAGAAGCAUCAACAUGUUCCAGUGUCUGAUGGAGAUGAACGACCUCUCAGUUCAUCAGCAGAUCCAAGAGUUCCUGAAGUCAGAGAACAGAUCAGAGGAGAAGCUCUCUAAGAUCCAGUGUUCAGCUCUGGCCUACAUGCUGCAGAUGUCGGAGGAGGUUCUGGAUGAGUUGGACCUGAACAAGUACAAGACAACACGGGGGGGUCGACUGAGACUGAUUCCAGCUGUGAGGAACUGCAGAAAGGCUCGAUUUGUUGGUUGUGAUCUCUCAGAGACUCACUGUGAAGUCGUUGCGUCCGCUCUGAAGUCCAACCCCUCCCAUCUGACAGAACUGGACCUGAGUCGGAACCAGGAGCUGCAGGAUUCAGGAGUGAAGGUUCUGUCUGGUGGACUGAAGAGUCCAAACUGUAGACUGGAGACUCUGAGAUUGCAGAGCUGCAGGAUGUCAGAGAUCAGCUGUUCUUCUCUGGGCUCAGCUCUGAACCCCUCCCAUCUGGAACAUCUGGACCUGAGUCUGAACCCCCUGCAGGAUUCAGGAGUGAAUCAUCUGUGUGAUUUCCUGUGGAGUCCAGACUGCAGACUGGAGACUCUGAGGUUGGAGGGCUGCUUGCUGUCAGAGAUCAGCUGUUCUUCUCUGGUCUCAGCUCUGAAGUCCAACCCCUCCCACCUGAAACAUCUGAAACAUCUGGAUCUGAGUAAGAACCAGCUGCAGGAUUCAGGAGUGAAACAUCUGUGUGGUUUCCUGGAGAGUCCAGACUGCAGACUGGAGACUCUGAGGUUGCAGUGCUGCGGUCUGUCAGAGAUCAGCUGUUCUUCUCUGGUCUCAGCUCUGAAGUCCAACCCCUCCCAUCUGAAACAUCUGGACCUGAGAUUCAACUACAAGCUGCAGGCUGCAGAUGUGGAGCAGCUGUCUGAUCUGGUGGAGAGUCCACACUACCAGCUGCAGACUCUCAGGUGGGAGCGCUGCAGUUUGUCAGAGAUCAGAUGUGAUGAUCUGGUCUCAGCUCUGGAGUCCAACCCGUCUGAUCUGGAACAUCUGGACCUGAGUAAGAACGAGCUGCAGGAUUCAGAUGUGAAGCAGCUGUGUGGUUUCCUGGGUGGUCCAGACUGCAGACUGGAGACUCUGAGGUUGGAGGAAUGCAGGAUGUCAGAGAUCAGCUGUUCUUCUCUGGUCUCAGCUCUGAAGUCCAACCCCUCCCAUCUGAAACAUCUGAAACAUCUGGACCUGAGCUGGAACCAGCUGCAGGAUUCAGGAGUGAAACAUCUGUGUGGUUUCCUGGAGAGUCCAGACUGCAGACUGGAGACUCUGAGGUUGGAGGAAUGCAGGAUGUCAGAGAUCAGCUGUUCUUCUCUGGUCUCAGCUCUGAAGUCCAACCCCUCCCAUCUGAAACAUCUGAAACAUCUGGACCUGAGUCAGAACGACCUGCAGGAUUCAGGAGUGAAACAUCUGUGUGGUUUCCUGGAUAGUCCAUACUGCAGACUGGAGACUCUGAGGUUGAGUGACUGCAGUUUGUCAAAGAUCAGCUGUUCUUCUCUGGUCUCAGCUCUGAAGUCCAACCCCUCCCAUCUGAAACAUCUGGACCUGAGUAAGAACUUCCUGCAGGCUGCAGAUGUGGAGCAGCUGUCUGAUCUGGUGGAGAGUCAACACUACCAGCUGCAGACUCUCAGAUUAAAAUUGAUCUAAAAAGUUGACGGUGGAUUCUUCUCAGAGAAAACGUCCUCCUAUAAUCUCUCAACACCAGCAAAGGUUGGUGAAGCUUGUGGCUCCACCAACCUCCACUUCUCCUUCAUCAAACACCCUGGUCUGCUCCCACCACACCUUCCUGCUCUCAGACUAACAUUCCUUCUGUCCCUGGUCCUAAAUCUGCUGAAAGCAGCAGUGAAGAGACACAACAGCAUGAAUGUUACGGCCGCUGCCCUUUCCUCCUUUAUGUUAUGUUUUAAUUUGUUUUCUCCCCCUGCAUCUGCCAAGCUGCACAGCUCCUCCCUCGUUGCCUUGAUUGGUGCGGCCUCCCGGCUCCUGGCAGUCCAUCCCUCUGAUCACCUGGGUCCCUGAUUGGUGCGGCGUGUCUGGGGCUGGCCAAUCCCAGCCGCCCAAUCAGGAAGUGAACACCUGAAAAGCUCCUGCCAGGCUGUCAGUCUGGGCGGCUGAUUGUGGGACAGCUCGCCUCUGUGUGUUGUGCAGAACUUUAUAGCAGCUACUGUGUGGUCCUUUGCUGUUGUGUUUUUUGUUUGUAAGACCCUUGAAGUGUGGCCAGGGAUUUAGUUUUGGGUUUAACCUUGUGACUGAUUUUGAGGGUGACUUUGUUAGAAACUCUAGGUGCAGGGGUGCUGUUUUGUUGUAUUUUGUUUCUUUAGUAAGUGUAGACAGCCUUUGUUUUCCCUUUUUGUUUUGAGUUAGUUUGGUUGUAACCAUUUAGCUCUUAAAGAGUCCUUUUUUGGUUAUAUUUGGUUUUUGAUUUAAACAACACCCACCGGCCCUCUUCCUUGGUUUGUUUUUCCCUUUGUUAAUCGUUUAACCGGUAUUCCGGCAUGUCUGAGUAGCAAAUAAACUACCUUACCUUA